AUGAGUUGUACACGAAGCAAGAAGCAGAACCAUGAAGCACCAAAAAUGAAGUAUCACGAGGAAAAAUCCCCCCUCCCCAUAUCAAAAGGAAGUUUCUGAUGCUGGAUAUCCGUAUACAAAUCAAAUUUGUCUUGCAGUAGAGGGCACCAGGCUCCAACCAAGCCUGAGGAGAGAGCUUUUGGCCUAGGGGCUUAGCAUGCGAGACGUCUAUGCUGCAGGCCCAACAGCAUCACAAACCGCCUGCAUAAUGCGGCAGAGCCUGUGGAGUUGUCUUUUUGCAAGACAGACGUGAUUUGUGGUCUCAAAUCAGCAAGACAAAUUUCCGGAAGCAUACCUUUCCGAUAUGGGGAGGGGGGAUUUUCCCUCUCAAUAUGAAAAUGAACACUACGAUAAACCACGACCCCCGAGGACGUCGUGGUCCUCUUCUAAGGCGGCACAUCUGUCAGCUACCUAAUAUGAGAGUGCACAACUCCCCCUCCCCCUCAUUUGCAGGGCAGGAGCAGCAAUACAAACACCAACACACUUGGAGCCUGUGCAUGACAAGUUCACGGGCCGAGUGCAGUACUGUUUGGGCUCCUUCUGAAAUUUGUCAUGCAAACAGUUUCACAAGGCACCAAAUGACUUGGGGACUUUGCGUCACAUCUGAGGGGGAGGGGGAUUUCGGGUUGUGCGCAACUGUUAUACUCAACACUUACCCCCGGAAGAAGAUCAUGUUCAGACGUCGAACAGAAAAAAAGAAAUAG